GGAGACAAAAGGGUAAUGUUGCGAAGGAAAAGGGUCGCAACAAUAAACAAAUCUGUACAUAGUGCGCAUACAACACAGUACGUGGCCUCACCUUGGAAAUAACGUGUCCCCCCCAACCGCUCUCUCUUUCUCUGUUUCUAUUUCUGCAUGAAUUUCCCCGCCACCCACUUUCUCCUCUUCCAAUUCUUCACACACACACACACACACACAUAUAUAUUUACACAUAGCGUCUUCCCCCACCUACUAUUUCUAUAAUCCUAAUAAAAUCACUUUUGUUGUACUAGUAGUAAGUAUACCCUUACCUAAUUAGCUUCUCCUACUUUUCUUCCCCCCACAAAAACCCAUCUGCUUAUAUUCCCAUUUUAUCUGCUUUUUUAGAUUCCGUUUCUCUUCUAUACACCUUUAAAGUGGGAAAAGAAAAAGGAAAACUACAGUUGUCGGUUUCCCUUUCUUUUGGGUUGUUGCCAAAUGGCGGAUUCAUUGGAAAAGAAUAAUAAUGGGCUUGAUCGACGGUUGAGUCCGUCGGCUGAUUCCGGCGAGGUUCCGGUUGAUUUCGAAGUGGAAAUUGUACAAGGUGAUAAUGGGGAUGAAACGCACAAGGAGACUGAUGUUAAUAGUAUGAAUAUUGUUGAAGGAUCUGUUAACGGGAAUUCGGCUGGGCCUAGCGCUACAAAUGUGGAAAAGCCGGUGGAGAUAUCAGAACUUGGUAUCCGUCAACCGGUUAAAGCUGGAAGACGCAAACAAAACCAGAAUCGGGCUCUAGGUCUGCUAGCAGCAAAGCUUUUUGAUGAUAAAGUUCCUUUAAGAAAAAAGCUCAAAUUGUUCAAUAGGCUUGCCACUGUUCAAGAUGACGGCACUGUGCAAUUUGAAGUUCCGGGGGAUAUUAAACCCGAAAAACUUGAUUUUGGCACUGGAGUUGUUUACAAUGGGGCUACAGCUGAAACAGCAAAUGAUGUAGCUGAUACACCAGAAUUACCUCCAUUGCAAAUUGUUAUGCUCAUUGUCGGGACUAGGGGAGAUGUGCAACCGUUUGUUGCCAUUGGGAAGAAGUUUCAGGAAAGUGGUCAUAGGGUGAGACUAGCAACUCAUGCCAAUUUUAGAGAGUUCGUCUUGAGUGCUGGAUUGGAAUUUUAUCCUCUAGGUGGAGACCCAAAAGUUCUUGCUGCUUACAUGGUAAAGAAUAAAGGGUUUUUGCCAUCUGGACCUUCUGAAAUACAUAUUCAACGAAAUCAGAUAAAAGAUAUCGUAUUCUCCUUGUUACCUGCAUGCGUAGAUCCUGAUCCAGAGUCCAAUGUUCCAUUCAAAGUAAAUGCCAUUGUUGCCAAUCCUCCUGCAUAUGGACAUAUGCAUGUAGCAGAAGCCCUGAAAGUGCCAUUGCAUAUAUUUUUCACGAUGCCAUGGACGCCUACUAGUGAGUUUCCACAUCCUCUCUCUCGUGUCAAACAGGCAGUUGGUUAUAGAUUAUCAUAUCAAGUCGUUGAUGGACUGAUCUGGCUUGGGAUUCGAGAUGUGGUAAAUGACUUCAGGAAGAAAAAGUUGAAGCUAAGGCCAGUAACUUAUUUGAGUAACUCCAACAGUUUUCAUCCAGAUGUGCCUUAUGGGUAUAUAUGGAGUCCGCACCUAGUUCCUAAACCCAAAGAGCUUAAUAUAUGGAGUCUGCACCUAGUUCCUAAACCCAAAGAUUGGGGCCCAAAAAUUGACGUGGUGGGCUUUUGCUUCCUAGACCUUGCUUCCAAUUAUGAACCCCCAGAAGAACUCGUUAAAUGGCUUGAAGAUGGUGAAAAGCCUAUCUAUAUUGGCUUUGGAAGUCUUCCUGUUCAAGAACCUGAAAAAAUGACCGAGAUAAUUAUUCAAGCUCUGGAAAUGACUGGACAAAGAGGUAUCAUUAACAAAGGCUGGGGUGGCCUUGGGAACUUGAAGGAGCCAAAGGAUUUUGUGUACCUGUUGGAUAAUUGCCCUCAUGAUUGGCUAUUUCUGCAAUGUGCUGCUGUGGUGCAUCAUGGAGGUGCUGGAACAACCGCUGCUGGACUCAAAGCCGCGUGCCCAACAACUGUGGUACCUUUCUUUGGGGAUCAACCCUUUUGGGGUGAACGUGUGCAUGCUAGGGGAGUUGGCCCUGCUCCCAUCUCCGUGGAUGAGUUCUCACUUGAAAAGCUGGUUGCUGCCAUCCGCUUCAUGCUAGAUCCAAAGGUAAAAGAACGUGCUGUAGAACUAGCAAAAGCCAUGGAGAAUGAGGACGGAGUGACUGGGGCUGUGAAAGCAUUCUAUAAACAUUUCCCCCGAGAAUCACUUGAGCCUAAGCCUGAGGUCUCACCUCGUCCUCACCAUUUCUUUUCCCUAAGACGCUGUUUUGGUCAUGCCUAAUUUUUUAAUUUAAAGUCUACUUCUGUGUGAUCAUUGAUGUUGUAGAGAUAGAACAGCUUGUCGGAAUUAUAACCUCGGCAACAAAGAUAUCCAUAAAAAUUUAGGAUCCAACACUCAUGAUGGAACAUGUCCCUGAUAUUGAUUGUAAUUUUGAUAAUGUAGUUUGGUGUUUGUUUAAAAUGGAGUGAGAGGAGUUAUGGGUGGUAA